CUCGACUGGCCGGCGGGAGCACGGGCGCGGGCGGCGCCGCCAUGAACGCCGCGGUGGUGAAGCGGACGCAGGAGGCCCUGGGGAAGGUGAUCCGGAGGCCGCCGCUGACGGAGAAGCUGCUGAGCAAGCCCCCGUUCCGCUACCUGCACGAUAUCAUCACGGAGGUGAUUAGGAUGACCGGUUUCAUGAAGGGCCUCUACACAGACGCUGAGAUGAAGUCCGAUAACGUUAAGGAUAAAGAUGCAAAAAUUAGCUUCCUUCAGAAGGCCAUAGACGUGGUGGUGAUGGUUUCAGGAGAGCCACUGUCAGCAAAGCCAGCGCGGAUCGUGGCCGGGCACGAGCCUGAAAGAACAAACGAGCUGCUGCAGAGAAUUGGCAGAUGCUGUCUCAGCAAGCUCUCCAGCGACGAGGCGGUGAAGAGAGUGUUAGCUGGAGAGAAGGGGGAUCUGAAGGGAAGGUCCUCACUGAUGUCAAAAUCUCAGGAACUGGACAAUAAGAAUGCACAAGAAGAAGAGCCCAGAGUUCAUAAAGAUAAAGAGGAUAAAAGGAACUCUGAAAUUAAUGAGAGGAGUAUAAGCAGAGAUCGGAAACAGAAAGAAGAAGUGAAGGAAGAAAGCAAAGCAGGAGAGAAGGACAAAGAGAAGGAGAAGACGAAGGAGAACGACCGUGAGAGACAUAAAGAUGCUGAACGAGACAAGCACCGAGAUGGGGAGAGAGAACGAGCCAGAAACCGGACCAAGCAGGACAGAGACCGAGGCAACAGAGACCGCGACAAAGACCUGGACCAUGAGAGAGAGAGAAGGAAUGAGGGAGGAAAGGAGAAAGAGAGGUGGAAAGACCGGGAGAGAGAGCGUGAGCGAGACAAGGCCCGGGACAGGGACAGGGACAGGCGGAAGCUGAAGGAUGGGGAGCACUCCAGGGACCCUGACAGGGAGAAGAGCAGAGAGCAUGACAAACCUGAGAAAAAGUCCUCAAGCUCAGGGGAGGUGUCCAAAAAGAUGCCAGAUGGAUCUUUGAAAGACUCCAAAGCUGAAACAGAGACCGAGCUUUCCACUAGAGCGUCCAGGUCAGUGGCAACAAAAGCAUCAAAACGGCGAUCCAAAAAUGCAGUGGAAGGAAGAAGGGGCUCUAGAGCUAGUGAAAAUAGUCUUUCCCCUGAAAAAGAACAUAACUCUUCCUACAGUAAAGCUAAGAAGGAGCACACCGUGAAGCAGCUUGGAAGAAAGGAAGAUAAUAUUUCAGCUAAAAUGUUAGAUCCUGUAGUGUCUGGAUUAAAUCAUGAAGCAGAUCAGGAAACUACGACUUCAGAAAUUGGAACAAAAGAAGCUAAUACUAACUCAGCUAGUGUUUCAGAUGAUAACUCAGCGAGUAUGUGGCGGGAGAAUGUUGAGCCUGAGCCAACAGUGAAGCAGAAAGGUGACUCUCCUAGUGAUGCAGAAGGAGAAGUUGGACCUUCUGGCCCAGAAAAGCCUGAGGUGUCCGAGAGCUCCGAGCUGCCGGGCGAGCUUCCAGCCAACCUCAGAAGAAUACCUCGGCCUGGGAGUGCGAGGCCAGCACCCCCCCGCGUGAAGCGCCAGGACAGCGUGGAGGCGUUAACACCAGACAGGACAGGAAGUGGGAAAAUCGUUGCGAGUGUGAUCGUAGACGCGCAGAACUCCGACAAUGAGGACGACAGUCAGUUUGUGGUGGAGGCGGCCCCCCAGCUCCCUGAGACAUCGGAGCUGGAAGUGGUGCCUGCGGUAGACAUGGAGGCCGAGGAGAAGCACGGAGGACUUGUGAAAAAGAUUCUGGAGACCAAGAAAGAUUAUGAGAAGUUUCAGCGGGCACCCAGACCUGGAGAGAAGGAGAAGUCGCUUGUCUUUGAGGCUGCGUGGAAGAAGGAGAAGGACAUAGUUUCCAAGGAGAUCGAGAAGCUGCGCGUGUCCAUCCAGACCCUGUGCAAGAGUGCGCUACCCCUGGGGAAGAUCAUGGACUACAUCCAGGAGGAUGUGGACGCCAUGCAGAAUGAGCUGCAGCUGUGGCAUAGCGAGAACAAGCAGCAUGCUGAGGCCCUGCAAAAGGAGCAGAGCAUCACAGAUGGUGCGGUUGAGCCCCUGAAGGCCGAGCUGGCUGAGCUGGAGCAGCUGAUCAAAGACCAGCAGGACAAGAUCUGUGCCGUGAAGGCCAACAUCCUGAAGAACGAGGAGAAGAUUCAGAAAAUGGUCUACAGCAUCAACCUGAGCUCGAGAAGGUGAAGCUCACAUGUUUCCAAAGCUGGAAGUCCUCCUCAGUCUGAAAAUAAAAAGGAAGAUAGAACGUCACCACUCUCUCAGUUCAGUUUUCUGAGAAAAUGAAGCUUUCUGUGUCCUCCCUCCAAGGGGCAGAGCUCUGAAAACGCAGGCACAUCCGUGUGUUGAGGGCCAUGUUCUGUCCCCUUCCUCCAGUGGGGUGUUGCCUGCCGUGCGGACGUGUUCUCUGCGUCUCCGCGCGGCCAGUCGUGCUCAGGGCCGUGCCAGAAGUCACCAGCAGGUGAGUGGAGGUGGCACGCGAGGAAGCUGUGUCCUCGGUUUCAGGUUUUAGGGCUGGUGACAGGAACCUGAAGGGAGUAGAGUGAAGGAUGGCUGCCUUCUGACGGCACUUACAAACAGAAAUGGGGCCUGACCAUGAGUCCGCUCUGUUUUGAGUUCAUUUCCCCUUGGAAAGGGUUCAUUUCGGUCUGUAUCUUUACAAGGUACACCUGAGUUUUUUUUCUUAAAGCUCUUUGCAUCUGUGUAUACCUUUUUGUCAUUUUCUCAUUCGUCCCUAUGGCCUCUUGCUUGUGUUUGCAGCCUUAAAGUUCAUAUAUUUAGGAGAUUUCAGUAUGUCCUUCAUGGACAUUCGGCCCCAGGGUUUUCCCCACGUAGGUAACAGUGAGCUGCUCUGGGCCUGUACUUGCCUGAGCCCGUGGCCUCGGUGUCUUUCCUGGUCCUUCCUGUAGAUGUGCGUUCUAGAGAGGCCUGUAGCUCGAUGCAAACAGCUGAAGGAAUACUUCAGGGGACACACCAAUUUGCAACAUUUUUUUGAUGUUACCAUUUUUUUGGAAAUUAUUUUGUAAAGCAACUUUUUUUAGAAUUUGGUUUAUAUUAAGUUUUUCACUCACAUUUGAUAAUUGUAAAUACUAAAAAAAGUCUGAAGUUUGUAUAUAAAGGAUUCCAGUGUUUGGAGGCAUACGGUUCAUAUGGUUUGGGUCCUGAUGCUAUUAUUUCUAGACACAUACGGUGUGAACCAUGCAGUGCCAUUUAAAUGUUAGAAUUGCCUGAGAAAGUUCUUCUUCUUUAAGUCUUAGCACAAAUGCACAGAUUAGGUUUCCUUACUGUCAUUUCCAAAAGAAAUCCUUUUCUGAGGUGGUUAUGUGAUUUUACCAAGCUGAAUCAGUUUAAGAUCAGAUUAUGAAACUCUGCUGUUUUGACACAUUGGUCACUUGGUCAUUUCUACGCUGCACUGUAAAACUGAUCAGAUUGUACUAAAUGCAUUAUUGGAGGCGGGAGGGUGUCCAUUAACAAGUCCCCCCAUGUACUUGUCUCUCUCCUUCUCAUUUGAAUGACUUAGACAUAACCCUAGGUGGACUGUUUUGCUUUAAGAUGUGUUUGCCUUUUAUGAAUUUGUACAUACGAAUAGGAUUUUUGCACUGCAAAAAAAAAUUGCAUACAUUUUAUGUGAGUAAAAUUUUGUAUGAGGUAGUUUAUCGAAUUGUAUCAUAAAAUUUAUUUUUAUUUUAUACAUAAAUCAUUAUUUUUUCUAUAAGUGUAUGGGUUGCACAAUUCAGUUCACAGCUAGAGAAAAUAUAAGCAUUUGGAUUUUUGUAUUUUCACAUGUAUAUUUUAUUUUUCUUGUGAAGAAAGUUCAGGGAAAUUUAUCUUUUCAUUCCUAUCAUGACACUUAUCCAUGUUCUGUAUAAAUUAAAGCUUUAUAAGACUGAUAAGCAUUUGUCAGAAAUUUCAAGUUCACUCAUGAAGUUUUAGACAGUCUCUGUGAUGAUUAUGGUAUCAGAGACACAUUAAGUCCUGAUAUUAUCUGUUACUUUGAGAAAGUAUGCAAGGGGGUUAUUAAGCCUUUAGCUCUGCUUUGGCUUGGACCUUUCCAGGAAGUGUGGGAUCUCACUGCGGAAUUUUAAUCUAAAAGUAGAGCUGACAUUAAUUUACAUUCAAAGAAAAACGUGUAAACCUUUGGGGAAAAAAUUCAGGACUAAAAUGUGAACUUUCUGCUUUGA